CGCAGCGCAUCAGUGAGAAAACCCACCAGAAGACCCCAGCCUCGCAUCGGGAAGGAAGGAAGACAGGAUCACAGGGACAGAUCCACUUGGAAUCAGGAGAAACAUGUGAAGACCUUUGCGAAGUUUGGAAAGAAUUCGCCUCUGACAACAAGAAGGCGAAGGUCUCCUCCCUUCUGCCGCUCGCCCUUUCUCUCUGCUUCCUCUGCACCUCCCUGGCAGGCCCGUUCGACAUGGAGGGCCGGCGGGCUACACGCAGGACUUUCUCACCUCAGGGUGUAGCUCCUCUGCUCGUCCUCUGGCUCUUGGCAUCCCCCGUCUGGUGCAGUGGGCCGACGUUCACCAACUUCCACCCUGAGCGCCGGGAGUGGAUCUUCAACCACUUGACGGUCCACCAAACCACAGGGGCCUUGUAUAUUGGAGCGGUCAACCGUGUGUACAAGCUCUCAGGCAACCUGACCCUCCUGGUGUCCCACGAUACCGGCCCGGAGGACGACAACAAGGCCUGCUACCCCCCGCUGAUCGUCCAGCCGUGUUCUGAGCCCCUCGUCUCCACCAACAACGUCAACAAGCUCCUCCUCAUCGAUUAUUCUCAGAAUCGGCUGCUGGCCUGCGGCAGCCUCUACCAGGGCGUCUGUAAACUCCUCCGACUGGACGACCUCUUCAUCCUAGUGGAGCCGUCUCAUAAGAAAGAGCACUACCUCUCCAGCGUCAACCAGACUGGGACCAUGUAUGGGGUCAUCGUGCCUUCACAGGGGCAGGACGGGACCCUGUUCAUCGGCACAGCUGUAGAUGGGAAACAGGACUACUUCCCCACCAUCUCCAGUCGGAAGCUGCCCCGGGACCCAGAAUCCUCGGCUAUGCUCGACUAUGAAUUGCACACGGACUUUGUGUCGUCCCUCAUCAAGAUACCGUCGGACACACUGGCCCUGGUCGCCCACUUUGAUAUCUACUAUGUUUACGGCUUUGCCAGUGGCAGCUUUGUUUACUUCCUGACUGUCCAGCCCGAGACCCCAGAGAACAGCAUGUCCUCGAGCGGCUCCACCAACGACCUCUUCUACACCUCUCGCAUCGUCCGCCUCUGCAAGGACGACCGCAAGUUCCACUCCUACGUCUCCCUCCCCAUCGGCUGCGUGAAGAACGGCAUCGAGUACCGGCUCCUGCAGGCGGCCUACCUCGGCAAGCCGGGGCGCGUCCUGGCCGCCUCGCUGGGCAUCGGUGCCCAGGAUGACGUGCUCUUCACCAUCUUCUCCAAGGGCCAGAAGCAGUUCCAUCAGCCGCCAGAUGACUCAGCACUCUGCGUCUUCACCAUCCGGGACAUAAACGCACGGAUCAAGGAGCGCCUGCAGUCCUGCUACCAGGGAGAAGGAAACCUGGAGCUCAACUGGCUGCUCGGGAAGGAUGUGCAGUGCACCAAAGCGCCGGUUCCCAUCGACGACUCUUUCUGCGGCCUGGACAUCAACCAGCCACUGGGCGGCUCCCAGCUGGUCACCGGUCACACGCUCUACACCGAGACCCGCGACCGCAUGACUUCUGUCACCUCCUACGUCUACAACGGCUUCUGCGUGGCCUUCGUGGGCACCAAGAGCGGACGGCUAAAGAAGAUUCGUGUGGACGGGCCUCCUCACGGCGGCGUCCAGUACGAGACGAUAUCGGUCAUCAAGGACGGCGGCCCGAUCCUGCGGGACAUGGCGUUCUCCCUGGACCGCAACUACCUCUACGUCAUGUCCGAGAGACAGGUGACCCAAGUUCCCAUCGAGUCGUGUGAGCAGUACGGGACCUGUGGAGAGUGUCUGAGCUCCGGGGACCCACACUGCGGCUGGUGUGUCCUGCACAACAUCUGCUCUCAGAGGAGCCGGUGCGAGCGUGCAGAUGAGCCGUAUCGCUUCGCCGCCGCGCUCAACCAGUGUGUGAAGGCCACGGUGUUCCCGGACAGCAUCGCCGUGUCGGAACCCAGCGUACAUCUGCUGGUGAAGGUGAGCGAUGUUCCCGACCUCUCCGCGGGAAUCACCUGCUCCUUCGGGAACCUGACGGAGGUGGAGGGCCAGGUCAACGGCAACCAGAUCCUCUGCGUGUCUCCUGCUGCCAAGGACGUGCCCGUCAUCCCCCCCGACCAAGAUUGGUCGGGCGUUGAGCUGAGGCUGAAUUCUAAAGAGACGGGUCAGAUGCUGAUCAGCACCGAGGUCAAGUUCUACAACUGCAGCGUCCACCAGCUGUGCCUGUCAUGUGUGAACAGCGCCUUCCGCUGCCACUGGUGCAAGUACCGCAACUUGUGCACCCACGACCCCUCCAGCUGUUCCUUCCAGGAGGGCCGGGUCAACGCCUCAGAGGACUGUCCCCAGCUGGUGCGCUCGGAGGAGAUUCUGAUCCCGGUGGGCGAGGUGAAGCCCAUCACCCUGAAGGCCAGGAACCUGCCCCAGCCGCAGUCCGGCCAGCGCGGCUACGAGUGCGUCCUCCACAUCCAGGGGGUCAGCCACCGGGUCACCGCCCUCCGCUUCAACAGCUCCAGCGUGCAGUGCCAGAACAGCUCGUAUCUGUACGAGGGAAUGAAAAUCAGUGAGCUGCCUGUGGAUUUCUCAGUGGUGUGGAACGGCAACUUCAUUAUUGAUAACCCGGAGAAUAUCCAAGUGCACCUCUACAAGUGCGCGGCCCAGCGGGACAGCUGCGGCGUGUGUCUGAAGGCGCAGAGGAAGUUCCAGUGCGGCUGGUGCAGCGGGGAGGGGAAGUGCACCCUGCGGCACCACUGCCCCCCCAUCAACCCCUACACCACCCGCUGGCUCAACCUGUCCACCAAGAACGUCAAGUGCACCAACCCACGCAUCACCGAGGUGACCCCAGUGGCCGGCCCCCCCGAGGGAGGCACGCGGGUGACCAUCCACGGCACCAACCUGGGUCUGGCCUUCUCGGACAUGGUGGGCAACGUGGAGGUGGCAGGGGUGAGGUGCACCCCCGUGGAGGAGGGCUACAUCAUCGCCGAGCAGAUUGUGUGUGAGAUGGACGUUGCCCCCCCCGACAGCCGCCCUGGUCCGGUGCAGUUGUGCGUUGGAGAGUGUCGACCCGAGCUCCGGGCUCGCUCCUCACAGCUCUUCUCCUUCGUGACUCCCACCGUCACAGGUCUGUCCCCCAGCCGGGGUCCAGAGUCUGGAGGCACCAAAGUCACCGUGAUCGGAGAGAACCUGGGCGCCGGCAGCAGCGUCAACGUGCAGUUUGGAAACCAAACCUGCGAGUUCUUCGGACGGACCAUGUCGGAGAUAGUUUGCUACUCGGCCCCUUCGCUGUCCGGCCUGGGCCCGGUGCAGAUCAGCGUGGGCGUGGACCAUGCUCAGAUCAGAGAGAGCCUCACCUUCGAGUACAUCGAAGACCCCACGGUGCAGCGCAUGGAACCAGACUGGAGCAUCAUGAGCGGCAACACCCCUCUCAUGGUCACAGGAACCAAUCUGGACGUGGUCCAGGAGCCCAGGAUCCGAGUCAAAUACUCCGGCCGGGAGUCUGUGAACGUGUGUAAGGUAUUGAACACCACGAGCAUGAGCUGCCUGGCUCCAUCCCUGACGACAGAAUACCUCCCGGGUUUGGAGACGGUGAAGCACGCCGACGAGUUCGGCUUCAUCUUCAACAACGUCCAGGCGCUGCUGGUGUACAACAACACCAACCUCCUCUACUUCCCCAACCCGUACUUCGAGCCGCUCAGCUCCUCUGGAGUCCUGGAUCAGAAACCUGGCUCCCCUAUCAUUCUCAAGGGAAGAAACCUGGUUCCCCAAGCACCGGGAGGGGUGAAGCUUAACUACACGGUGCUGAUUGGAGAGACUCCCUGCUCGGUCACCGUGUCGGAGAGCCAGCUGCUGUGUGAGCCGCCCAACCUCACCGGGCAAUACAAAGUCAUGGUUCAAGUAGGUGGUCUCCACGUUUCCCCCGGCGCCGUCAACAUCAUGUCCGACAGCCUGCUCACCCUGCCCGCCAUCGUCAGCAUCGCCGCCGGCGGAGGCCUGCUCCUCAUCAUCGUCAUCCUCGUCCUCAUCGCCUACAAGAGGAAGUCGCGUGAAAACGACCUCACCCUGAAGCGCCUGCAGAUGCAAAUGGACAACCUGGAGUCCCGGGUCGCCCUGGAGUGCAAAGAAGCUUUUGCCGAGCUACAGACGGACAUCAACGAGCUGACCAGCGACCUGGACCGAGCUGGAAUCCCUCAUCUGGACUACAGGACGUACGCCAUGAGGGUUCUCUUCCCCGGUAUCGAGGAUCAUCCCGUCCUCAGAGAGCUGGAGGUGUCAGGUAACGGCCAGCAGAAUGUGGAGAAGGCCUUGAAGCUGUUCGGCCAGCUCAUCAACAACAAGCUCUUCCUGCUCACCUUCAUCCGCACGCUGGAAAUGCAGCGUUCCUUUUCCAUGAGGGACCGCGGCAACGUGGCCUCCCUGAUCAUGACGGCCCUGCAGGGGCGACUGGAGUACGCCACCGACGUCCUGAAGCACCUGCUGUCGGACCUCAUCGACCGCAACCUGGAGAGCAAGAACCAUCCCAAGCUGCUGCUGCGGAGAACGGAGUCGGUCGCAGAGAAGAUGCUCACGAACUGGUUCGCCUUCCUUCUCCACAAAUUCCUCAAGGAGUGUGCUGGGGAGCCACUGUUCAUGCUGUACUGCGCCAUCAAACAGCAGAUGGAGAAAGGUCCCAUUGAUGCCAUCACCGGAGAGGCCCGCUACUCGCUGAGUGAAGACAAACUCAUCCGCCAGCAGAUCGAGUACAAAACACUGAUCCUGAACUGUGUGAACCCGGACAACGAGAACAGUCCGGAGAUUCCCGUGAAGGUGCUGAACUGUGACACCAUCACCCAAGUGAAGGAGAAGAUACUGGACGCCGUUUACAAGAAUAUGCCGUAUUCUCAGCGGCCGCGUGCUGUGGACAUGGACCUCGAGUGGCGCCAGGGGCGAAUGGCUCGCGUGGUGCUGCAGGACGAAGACAUCACCACCAAGAUCGAAAACGACUGGAAGAGACUCAACACUCUCAUGCACUACCAGGUGUCGGACCGCUGCGUUGUGGCUCUGGUGCCGAAACAGACCUCGUCGUACAACAUCCCGACCUCGGCCAGCAUAUCACGCUCCUCCAUCAGCAGAUACGACUCGUCGUUCCGCUACACAGGAAGUCCCGACAGCCUGCGGUCGCGUGCGCCCAUGAUCACCCCCGAUCUGGAGAGCGGUGUGAAGGUGUGGCAUCUGGUGAAGAACCACGAGCACGGGGACCAGAAGGAAGGAGACCGCGGCAGCAAGAUGGUCUCUGAGAUUUAUCUGACCCGGCUGCUAGCGACCAAGGGUACACUACAAAAGUUUGUCGACGACCUGUUUGAGACGUUGUUCAGCACCGUCCACCGGGGGAGCUCUCUUCCCUUGGCCAUCAAAUACAUGUUUGACUUCCUGGACGAGCAGGCGGACAAACAUGCCAUUCACGACCAAGACGUUCGUCACACAUGGAAAAGCAACUGCCUCCCCUUGCGUUUCUGGGUGAACGUGAUCAAGAACCCGCAGUUUGUGUUUGACAUCCACAAGAGCAGCAUCACGGACGCCUGUCUGUCCGUCGUGGCUCAAACCUUCAUGGACUCCUGCUCCACGUCCGAGCACCGCCUCGGCAAAGACUCUCCGUCCAAUAAGCUGCUCUACGCUAAAGACAUCCCCAAUUACAAGAGCUGGGUAGAGAGGUACUACGCCGACAUCAACCGGCUGCCGUCCAUCAGCGACCAGGACAUGAAUGCGUAUUUGGCAGAGCAGGCCAGACUCCACUCAACAGAGUUCAACAUGAUCAGUGCGCUCAACGAGAUCUACUCCUACAUCAGCAAGUACAGCGAGGAGAUCAUGGCGGCUCUGGAGCAGGACGAGCAGGCGAGGAAACAGCGGCUCGGCUACAAGGUGGAGCAGCUCAUCUCUGCAAUGUCCCUCGAGAGCUGAGAGUGACCCCUGCUGGUGAACAGAGGGAACGAGGAAGCGCGGACCACAGCCUCUACUGGACCUUCCAAAAUGGUCCCACAUGACUUACCUCUCGUCGUGGCCUCAACCACGAGCCGGACCUGGGACCUCUUGUAUUCACGGCCCGACAGACACACAACUGCAUUCAUUUGUUACACUCCCUCUUUGGCUUUCACGAGCUAGGGGUCCACAGACUGAGACAGAGGCCCCUGCAGCUGGGGCCCAAAGUGGCACAAGGAAGGAACAUCUGCAGAGAAGACAACAACAUGGCUUGUAUUUAUUUAGUUUUGUUUGCUUUUAGUUUUCUCAAAGAAAAUAUUCUCUCAGUUUAACAGGAAAGUGGGUGCAUGCAUGUGUGUGUGUGUGUGUGUGUGUGUGUGUGUGUGUGUGUGUGUGUGUGUGUGUGUGUGCACUGAGGAAGACUCCUGCAAAGACUGUGAGAGCAAACGGAGAAACAGAUUUAUUCUCUACUCAGACAGAAACUCUCAUCCGAGUGUGAGACAAAAAAAAAGAAGAAGCGUGAAGCACAGGAGCAAACCUCACGUUGGACAGCGACGCUCAGAUUUCUCAGAUUUUAUUUUUGUACUUGUACAUGUGAAUAUUAUCAGUUGCAGUUGAAAUCCCCCCCGCAGGAUGCUGUUGUACAGAGACAUGGACAUAGGGACGCUGCAUCGGGGGGGCGUGGUCGUUACACAGGCCAUGAUCCAUGUCUUCUCUCCUUCCCUGCCUCCUCGGACUUGAUGCUUCAACGUGACUCGGACACAAAACGUCUCUCUGCUCUUUAUCCAAUCAGAAGUGUACAGGAAUCUCUGUGCACGCGUGUCAUCGAACAGUCAAAUGAACUCUGCUGCUGGUGGUGGACACGGCUCAGCCAGCAUGCUGAGACUGAGGACGAUGACGAGGUCCACAGUGUAUUUAGGAGAUGACCUUGACUCAGCAUCACACCGGGCGUCCAAGGCUUUCUCCAGCAGUGAGGUCAUCUGUGUGUGUACCGGUCGAUAACUUGCCAAUCAGUGUCUGUGAAUGUACAAAAAUGUUUUUAUUUGUUUUGUUUGAGUGUACGUCUAUUUGAGUUUUAUCAAAACACGAAGGGACUCAGUUGAACUGAGCUCCGUAGAUAUUUACAGCAUCAAGUGUCAACCGUCCUGACCCCAAACCGUCCGGCUCGGUUCUCAACCACGUUCCUGCGAGAGGAGCAGUUACUACAAACCAGUGACUGUGAGUGAAGAUGGACGACAGGUCUUCACCUUCUGGAUAAAACACUGGAUGAACAUCCCAACUUGAAAGAAACAUGUAUCUAAUGUCUUCUUUGACUUUUAAGUUUGGUCCGUGUCCCAUCUGCUAACAUGGAGGAGGUGGGAUCUAAGACCUAUACUUCAGUCAGCCACCAGGGGGUGAUCCUGUUAUUUUCACUUCUCUUUUGAGGAUCUGUCGUGUCGUCCAUCUUCACAGCAUUUAGAGCCUAUUAGAUACCAGACCAGACCCUUUGGUAAAACUCUGUUUGUAUCUGUGGGAACUUUCUGUUUCCUCUGCAUGCGAUCGCACAUCACGAUGUUUUUAAGGGUCCAUCUUUUGAUUUUAUCAAGUGCUAACGAGUCCGGCCAGUUCUUGUUGGCCAGUCGAGACGGCAGCUGAUGGGAGAUCUUACCCGACCACCGUCCACGUCUUCGCACGGACAAUAAAAAGCCUAACGCCGCGUGGGUCGACUUUGACCAAGUGCCAAAAAGAUCCUGUCGUUUCCGAUUCUUCGCUAAUGUGUCAAAAAUCGGUUUAUGCUUUACAGAGGGAGCCAAGCUCUCGUAUUUCUGAGUGUGGAGCCGGUUGAGGUUGAAGCGCGUGUGACUGGAGUUUAAAAAGUCAAGAAAGGUACGAAACCUAGGCAGGAGAAAAAGAGGAGGAGCAUAAGACAGGGUGUGUGUCAUGUUUUGUGGAUGCGUCUUCAGACUUAAAACCAAACAGUCACCAGCUAAAAGGCCGAUGUAACCUUCCAACCUUCUAGCUGGACGACGACAAACUGUAGAUUCCGUCCUCUGGAUUUAAUUUUCCUCUCAGAUAUAUAUUUGCUUGUUGUUUACAUCAAGUACUUGAACAUUGGUAGUACUAACGGUUUGUACAGUGCAGUACUGCAACUGUGUGUGUGUGUGUGUGUGUGAGUGUGUGC